UGAAAAGGUGGUGAUGAACUGUUGCUUUGAACCACUGCAGUCGGUGUGAUGUUUGAGGGACCCCACUUAUCUGCAAGAAAAGAUGGGAAAUGGAGAGAGUCAUGGAUUGAAUAGAAUCUGGCAAUGUCCAUUUUCAACUGAAGAACGCAUUAUUCUGGAUAAUGUUUUUGACUCCGUGUCUGGCUCAAAUAGCAAUGCAAAAGGCAGAAAAGCUACUCAGAAGCAAAUUACUUUGGCCAUGCUAAAGGCUUACGUGCAUGUGACUGUGCUGGGCCCCAUGACAAUCCGACUCUACAAUGCAAUGAGAAGCAUAGAUCCAGUUAAAAAAACAGAAGGUCUCAGUGACUCCAUAAGCAAGAAACAGUUUAUUUUAUUUCUUUCUUAUGCCAUGCGAGGCACAGCCGAAGAAAAAGCUUUUAUAAUUCAGAGAAUGGUUUCCCAAGAUGCUGAUGGUCAUGUAAAAGGAAAGGAAAUAAAAGAGUUCACAAAGGAUCUCAUUACGACAGUGAUCCAGUUGCUGCAAAUUGAAGAGAUGCUUGGAGGUUGGACUUUGGAGAAAACUGCAGAUCCCACGUUAGGCACAAUGCGGCUGACUAACACUCUGAUGUCUCAGUUGACGGCUAAAGGUGGACGACAUUUGACUACAGAUAAUUUGCUGAGUGAAGAAUAUGGACAGCAUGAACUAAAGGACUGGAUGUACACAGUUUCUCUCAUUUCUACUUUUCUCCAUAUGUUUGUGGCAAUGAGCCUUCGUAUUACUAAUGCAGAGUUCCAAGGUGAAGUCUUUAGCACAAGACAUCUGCUGCCAGAGUGCAUAGAUAUAAAAUUUACUGGAGUGAUUACUGUUUUUGACAUUCCAUCAGUCAUAUACCUUAACGCCUACUUACCUUCAGAACAUCAACACAAAUGGCAGCUACUGUUCUCCUCUCAUUUCCAUGGAUCAAGUUUCACUCGUUUUUGCAGUCAGAUUCUACACAAAGGACCAUCAUUAUUGGUUGUAAAGGAUGCAGAUGGCUACAUCUUUGGUGGGUAUGCUUCCCACAGCUGGGAUGCAAGGCCACAGUUCCAAGGGGACAGUAAAUGUUUUUUGUUUACACUGAGUCCGCAAUUAGGGAUCUAUACCUGUACAGGUUACAAUGACCAUUAUAUGUAUCUAAAUCAUGGCCAACAGACAAUGCCAAAUGGACUUGGUAUGGGUGGGCAGCUUUAUUACUUUGGAUUGUGGAUUGAUAGCAAUUAUGGUGAAGGACACAGCAAAGCAAAGCCCACGUGUACUACUUACAACAGUCCACAGUUGUCUGCCCAAGAACAUUUCACAAUUGACACUCUGGAGGUAUGGAGUGUGGGGAAUCCUCCUGAUGAUCAACUGUCUCAGUCCAAGAGUGUACUAGAUUCAGAACCUGAAGCACAGGCCUUGCUGCACAUGAUCGGGAAAAUACGAAUGAGUGACGGAUUACGAGAUCCAAAUGAGGAUAAAGGGGAUAAAUGAAGUGUUCCCUAAAUGUGAAAGCACAGAAUAAACAGCACAAUGUACAAUAACUGUUAAAUGUCACCAUAAUUCCUUCAAGAAAGGGACACAAUUGAAUUAUAUAAGUCUCUGGUAUUUGGAGGAAGCCUUCGCUAAUAAGCACGAAUGCCGAAUUCUGUGUCUCGAAAUGGAAUAUUAAUUAAGCAUAUGAAUCAUAAUUAAAGAUUUGCCCAUUGUAAAAGCAAGGGUACAUGAGCAACAAAGCAUCUUCAACUGAUUCCUAGACUGGUUUGCACUUAUGACUGGAAAGAACAAUGAGAAGGCUAAUUCCUCUGAUACUAUAACCACAGAACUAUUGUGUUACAAGAGAACAUAGAGGUAAGAUUCACUUUUUGUUAUAAAGAAGGGAAUUUUACUGACUUUAAUGCAUCUAGCCCUGCAUCUUCACCCAUAAUCAAGCACUGAGCAGUUUUUAAUUUAGGUUUAUACAAAAAUAGAUUGUCUUAGUUAAAGCAGCUAAGAGUGCAGUGCUGUAUCAGUUGAAGGCAGAAAUGAAUUCAUACCAAACUGAUAUUCACCUUAGAUGUAGAGUAUGGUAUAAGUGAUUCUGUAUGAGAUUUGAUACUUUUUCUGAUUAUAAUCUAGAUUGUUACAUAGAUUUAGUUGUCAUUAAUUUGUCACUCUGAUUUAUGCAGCAUUAGUAACUGCAAAAGUUUGCAUUAUUUAAUACUGCUGCAGAAUGAUUGUAUUUUUCAAUGUAUGUAAAUUUUCCUAUGAUAGUGAGUUUAUUACGAAUAAAUUUGCGGUGUUUUAAUCUGUAUUCACUACAAAUUUUUCAAUAAAAUUAUCAAUGUUUAAAAAUA